CCCGUGCACCUGUGCGAACAACAGUGUUGUGUUGGUUCGCUCGUCUUGUGGACGUUACAACUACCUAACAACAUGUCUUCCCGAGGGGGAAAGUCGCUAUACUACGCUACACGACGCUCACUCUCCGCUUUGCAGCUCUUUGGGUGGAUUUAGGUACGCCAACGUCGACGUUUCCGUGGAGGGAAAGAAGGAAGCGCGCAAGGAUAAAGAAGUAAUAGCCAAAUAGAGGUGAUGGGAAAUAUGAUACUGCUGACGCUGUUGCUGCUUUACCUGCCCACAGAGCUGCUGUCCAUCCAGGUCAUUGUUUCAGAGACGGAAAGAAGUACGACUUUGUUUGCGUCUGUGACCCUUCGCUGCGACUUCUCCACUUCUGCAAACCCUCAGGAUGUGCUGGUCACCUGGAGAUACAAAUCCUUCUGUAAAGACCCUGUGUUGGAGUACUACUCCACUAGCUACCAAGCCUCCUUGCAGCUAGGUCAGGACCCAGCCAACGACUGCCCUGACCGCCAGCGCACACUCCGCACCGUGAUCCAGAAGAGAGGCCUAAACGAGCCCAUGCUGGGUGCGGACUACCGAAACCGCAAGAUCACAAUCCAAAACAAGGCUGACCUGGUCAUUUCUGAAGUCAUGUGGUGGGAUAACGGCGUGUACUUCUGCACCAUUGAUGCUGCCGGUGACACCACUGGGGACUCGGAUCGAGAAGUUAAACUCAUCGUCUAUCACUGGUUGACGGUGCUGCUGAUCAUCCUGGGUGCCCUCCUGCUCCUCAUACUGCUCUGCAUAUGUUGCUGUCAGUGCUGCCCACAGAAGUGUUGCUGCUAUGUGCGCUGUCCCUGCUGUCCGAGGACGUGCUGCUGCCCAGAAAAAGUUGUGAUGCAACACAGGAUGCUUCGUGAAGCCAAGAGGGCCAUGGCGCCUUGGAUGAACGGCCAUCCCAUUUAUGCUCCCAUCAGCUCCAACAACUCCAUCCAGGGCGCCCCCAUGUUGUACACAGGCUCGUACACGUACUCGGACCCUGGCAAACCGAACUUUGCAAUGGCGCCCAUGCAGAUGUCCCCCAUGACACUGCCACCGCAACAGCACGCUCCACCCCACCACCUGAACGGUAGCGCUUCAGGGCGCGUCCAAAACACAAGACACGUGUUGGACUACUUGGAGAACCAGGUGAGAGGGCUAGACGUUGUGGCGCCCCAUAUGCCGAUGCACCCUGUCCAAAACAUGCACACGUUAGCGACUCAGCCCCAGCCUCCCCCUCCCGUUGUCCCGUACACGCCCGGACCGCCCAGCAUGCUGUCGGCCCUUGAUGAGAUGGGCGUAAGGGGAACAGAGAGAAGGGUGAUCACCCUGCCUCCCAUCAUCCAGCGUGCACCCAGCUUCUCCUCGCACAUGGGCCCCAGAGGUGGCGAGCAGGCCAGGGGGGCGCAGCGCUUCUCCAGCGAGUCCAGUGGGAGCACCAACCCUUCCGGAAGAGGUGUUCAACGAAACAUUCGUGGAUACAGAGACUUCUCUCCACCAAGACGGGCGAUCCUGCGAGACUACAGCGAUGACUCUGAUUGGGAGGGGAGGCGAGGAAGAACGAGCCACCGUAACGAGAGGGACCAGAGUGGAGGUGGACAGGGUGGGUCCAGGCCUCGAGCACGCAGCCGCGACGACCUGAUGGAAGAGCUGCAGAGCAGAACCGCGCGGCGAGAGCGGAGGGAGAGGAGCUACUCCCCUACCCAACGGAAAGGGUUCUCGAGCUCAGACGAAGAGGACAGCAAGAGGAGACUGGGGGGCAGAGGGAGAGAUUGGCCCGAGAAGCCCCCCAGCUACUCCUCUGUCGAGCUCCAACCUGCACACACCAACGGCCGAAGGAGCUACAUCCCUCUUUCUGAUAGAAGCUCCCGUAGCAACACCAGCGUAGUCAUCUGAAGCAUUUCUUUCUUUUCAAACCUUUCCUGAAUGGUGCAAAAUGAAGACAUUCUUUACCUAAAUCUCAACUAAGGGUGUACUUGUUUUUAUUCUUUAGGUGAUAGGCAGUCUUAGAAUGACAUGCGUUAUCAAAAUACUGUAUCUGUCUGAGUAACAUUGUUUGACUGACAACCAUGAGACAUGUGCUAUAUGGCCCUUACAGGACUUUACUGGAACUUUAAUGUUUUGUAGUGAGUGUUAAAUAUGUGAAUUGUGCAUGUUUUGAAUAAAACCUGUGUAAAAUUAAAUCAA